GGGCGAGGGACGGGCGGGAAGGGGAGCCGAAAAGCCCGCCCAGGGCGUCGAGGCUUGAGGAGAGCCACGAACUCCCCUAUAGAUUUGGCGGAAGCUCCCCUUCACCCUCUCUCCAGUCUCCCAUACUCCUUUCUCUCAGCUGAAACGAGUGAGCGAGCGGAAUCGAUGGGAGCGGAACGAUUAGGGAAGAGGAGGAGAACACCGUUCCCCGACAGGUUUUCAAAGGAAAAGGAGAGAAAAAAGAGGAAAAGAAAAAAAGAAAUCAGAAUUGGAAUAACGAGAUUGAUUGGGAGAAGAGGGAGAAACUUCAAGAAGAAGAAGAAGAGGAAGAGCAAAGAGAUAAUAAGGAUUACGUGCGAUCUCUGCUCCGCGGAACGAUCUUGCUUUUCGUAGGCUUUGUUCAAGAACCCUCUUAGACGUCACAGCCAAGAAACAAUGGAGUCCGCAGCGGCCAGGGCAAUUCUCAAUGGAAGGCAUCAGGGGAUUCGGCCCUUUCCGGAGGAGGAGGUUCUUGGACUACCCCCCAGGUGAAUCGCUUCCCGGUUCUGGGAUCGAAAAUUCUGAAGGUCGGAGUCCAGUAAACAGAAAAGAUAAAGAAUGGGAACUCCAGUUAAUAUAAUUGUAGGUUCUCAUAUAUGGGUUGAGGAUCCAGCGUUAGCAUGGAUUGAUGGUGAGGUUACUAAGAUCAAUGGUGAAGAGGCCGAGACCCAAACCAGUAAUGGAAAAAUGGUUAUUGCAAAUUUGUCAAAAAUAUAUCCAAAAGAUAUGGAAGCUCCUGCUGGUGGAGUUGAUGACAUGACAAAGCUCUCUUAUUUGCAUGAACCUGGUGUUUUACAGAACUUGGCAACCAGAUACACACUCAAUGAAAUUUAUACUUACACGGGAAAUAUUCUUAUUGCUAUAAAUCCAUUUCAAAGACUGCCUCAUAUUUAUGAUUCUCAUAUGAUGGAGCAAUAUAAAGGGGCACCAUUUGGAGAGCUCAGCCCGCAUGUUUUUGCAGUCGCUGAUGUUGCAUACAGGGCAAUGAUUAACGAGGGAAAAAGCAACUCCAUUCUGGUUAGUGGUGAAAGUGGGGCAGGUAAAACUGAAACAACAAAGAUGCUUAUGCGCUAUCUUGCCUUUUUGGGUGGGCGUGCUGCAACUGAAGGAAGAACGGUAGAACAACAAGUUUUGGAAUCAAACCCAGUUCUCGAGGCAUUUGGCAAUGCUAAAACUGUCAGAAAUAACAAUUCUAGCCGUUUCGGUAAGUUCGUUGAGAUCCAAUUUGAUAAGCAAGGUAGGAUAUCGGGUGCCGCCAUCAGAACCUACCUUCUUGAAAGAUCUCGAGUUUGCCAAAUUUCUGAUCCAGAGCGCAAUUACCACUGUUUUUACCUUCUUUGUGCAGCACCACCAGAGGACAUUGAAAAGUAUAAGUUAGGGAACCCAAAAUCAUUUCACUAUCUUAAUCAAUCAAAUUGCUAUGAGUUGGUUGGUGUAAGUGAUGCCCAUGAUUAUUUAGCUACCAGAAGAGCUAUGGAUAUUGUUGGAAUUAGUGCACAGGAACAGGAUGCAAUUUUCAGGGUUGUUGCAGCCAUUCUUCAUCUUGGAAAUAUCGAUUUUGCUAAGGGAAAAGAAAUUGAUUCAUCGGUUCCAAAAGAUGACAAGGCUAAGUUUCAUCUCAAAAUGACUGCUGAACUUCUUAUGUGUGAUCCUCAGGAAUUGGAAGAUGCACUGUGUAAGCGCGUCAUGGUAACACCUGAAGAAGUUAUUAAGAGAUCGCUCGAUCCUCUUGGUGCAACAGUAAGCAGGGAUGGUUUAGCAAAAACAAUAUAUUCUCGAUUAUUUGACUGGAUUGUUGAUAAAAUUAAUGUCUCAAUUGGGCAAGACCCAACUUCUAGUUCACUCAUCGGAGUCCUUGACAUCUAUGGUUUUGAAAGUUUUAAGACAAACAGUUUUGAGCAGUUCUGUAUUAACUUUACAAAUGAGAAACUGCAACAACAUUUCAACCAACACGUUUUCAAGAUGGAACAAGAGGAGUACACGAAGGAGGCGAUUGAUUGGAGCUACAUCGAAUUUGUUGAUAACCAAGAUGUCCUAGAUCUUAUUGAAAAGAAACCUGGAGGUAUCAUUGCACUCCUUGAUGAAGCAUGUAUGUUUCCAAAGUCAACACAUGAAACCUUUUCUCAGAAGCUUUAUCAAACAUUCAGUAAACACAAGCGCUUCAUCAAGCCAAAACUCUCUCGUACAGAUUUCACAAUAUGCCAUUACGCUGGCGAGGUGUUAUAUCAAUCUGACCAGUUUCUAGACAAAAAUAAAGAUUAUGUGGUGGCAGAACACCAAGAUUUGUUGAGUGCUUCAAAAUGCCCUUUUGUGUCAGGCCUUUUUCCUCCUCUGCCUGAGGAGACAAACAAAUCUUCUAAGUUUUCCUCCAUUGGUUCUCGUUUUAAGCAACAACUACAGGCCCUGAUGGACACAUUGAAUUCGACAGAACCUUAUUAUAUUAGAUGUGUGAAGCCGAACAAUCUUCUAAAACCUGCCAUAUUUGAAAAUGUCAAUGUCAUGCAGCAAUUGCGAUGUGGUGGUGUUCUUGAGGCUAUCAGAAUCAGCUGUGCUGGAUAUCCUACACGUCGCACAUUUUAUGAAUUUCUACACCGUUUUGGUAUUCUUGCUCCAGAAGUUUUGGAGGGGAACUAUGAUGAAAAGGUAGCAUGCAAAAAAAUUCUGGAAAACAAGGGCCUAACAGGCUUUCAGAUAGGAAAGACAAAGGUUUUCCUUAGAGCUGGUCAGAUGGCUGAGUUAGAUGCUCGAAGAGCUGAAGUACUUAGCAAUGCUGCCAAAGCUAUCCAACGCCAAAUACGAACACAUAUUAUGCGGAAACAGUUUGUUGCAUUGUGGAAGGCUACCAUUCAUGUUCAGGCACUAUGGAGAGGACGAUUGGCUUGUAAGCUGUAUGAGUGCAUGAGAAGAAAGGCUGCUGCAAUUAAAGUUCAGAAACAUUUGCGCACGUACCAGGCUAAGAAGGCUUAUACACGUUUGAAAAUGUCAGUUCUUGUCCUGCAAACUGGUUUUAGGGCCAUGGCUGCUCGGAACAAGUUCAGAUUUAGGAAGCAAACAAAUGCAGCAACUGCCAUUCAGGCUCAUUGGCGCUGUCAUAGAGCUCAUUCUUAUCAUAAAAAGCUAAAGAGGGCAUCCACUGUCACCCAGUGCAGAUGGAGGGGAAGAGUUGCAAGGAGAGAGCUCCGGAAACUCAAAAUGGCAGCACGAGAAACAGGUGCACUUAAAGAAGCAAAGGAUAAGCUUGAAAAAAAGGUGGAAGAACUUACAUGGCGUUUACAGUUGGAGAAGCGAAAGAGGAUGGACUUAGAGGAAGAGAUAACAAAAUUACAGAGCUCUCUUCAAGCAACACAAAAUAAAGUGGAUGAGACAAAUGCAAUGCUUGUCAAGGAACGAGAGGCUGCUAGAAAGGCUAUUGAAGAAGCACCUCCUGUUAUCAAGGAGACCACUGUUCUUGUUCAAGACACUGAAAAAAUUGAUUCCCUGACAACAGAAGUGGAACACUUGAAGGCUUCAUUACAUUCAGAGAAAGAAAGAGCUGAUGAGUUUGAAAAGAAAUAUGCUGAAGUUCAAAGAAUAAGUGAAGAAGGACAAAGAAAAUUGGAAGAGGCAGAAGGAAAAGUACAUCAACUUCAGGAAUCUUUAAACAGGCUUGAAGAGAAGACAUCAAAUGUAGAAUCGGAAAAUAAAGUACUCCGUCAGCAGGCUGUAUCCAUGGCUUCCAAUAAAUUUUUAUCAGGACGUUCUAAAUCAACUGUACAGAGGAGUUUUGAGAGUGGUCAUGUAAUAAGUGGUGAUGCAAAAACAAAUGCAGAUCCCCACAACACCUCAUCUGCCUCAAGGGAACACUCUGAAGUAGAAGAUAGACCACAGAAAUCUCUCAACGAGAAACAGCAGGAGAAUCAGGAUCUGCUGAUCAGGUGUAUUGCACAGCACCUAGGCUUUGCAGGGAGCAGACCAAUCGCUGCCUGUAUUAUAUACAAAUGCCUUCUCCAUUGGCGAUCUUUUGAAGUUGAGCGUACAAGUGUUUUUGACCGUAUUAUUCAGACUAUAGGCCAUGCUAUUGAGACCCAGGAUAAUAAUGACGUCCUUGCCUAUUGGCUCUCCAAUGCUUCGACCUUGUUACUGCUACUCCAACGUACACUGAAAGCAAGUGGUGCUGCCGGCAUGGCUCCACAACGCCGGCGGUCUUCAUCAGCUUCUCUAUUUGGGAGGAUGACUCAGAGUUUCAGGGGAACCCCUCAAGGUGUAAACCUUUCUUUUGCAAAUGGAAGCUUGGUUGGUGGAGUAGACACAUUGCGCCAAGUGGAAGCGAAGUAUCCAGCUUUACUGUUCAAGCAACAACUUACUGCAUAUGUAGAAAAGAUUUAUGGAAUGAUCCGUGAUAAUCUGAAAAAAGAGAUUUCUCCCUUGCUUGGUCUGUGCAUUCAGGCUCCUAGAACAUCAAGGGCAAAUUUAGUGAAAGGAUCUUCUCGUUCACUUGCAAGUGCUGCAGCCCAGCAAGCUUUGAUUGCUCACUGGCAAGGGAUUGUAAAGAGUCUCGGAAAUUUCUUGAGUACAUUGAAAACAAAUCAUGUGCCUCCCUUUUUAGUUCGAAAGGUAUUCACACAGAUAUUUUCCUUCAUCAAUGUACAGCUAUUUAACAGUCUUCUAUUAAGGAGGGAGUGUUGCUCAUUUAGUAAUGGGGAAUAUGUUAAAGCAGGACUAGCUGAACUAGAACAUUGGUGCUAUAAAGCAACAGACGAGUAUGCAGGUUCAGCUUGGGAUGAGCUAAAGCAUAUCAGACAGGCUAUUGGGUUCCUGGUUAUCCAUCAAAAACCAAAGAAGACAUUGGAUGAAAUAAGCCAUGACCUUUGCCCGGUACUCAGUAUACAACAGCUAUACCGGAUCAGUACAAUGUACUGGGAUGACAAGUAUGGCACCCAUAGUGUAUCACCAGAGGUUAUAUCAAAUAUGAGGGUGUUGAUGACCGAAGACUCUAACAAUCCUGUGAGCAACUCAUUCUUGUUGGAUGAUGAUUCAAGCAUACCAUUUUCAGUUGAUGACAUAUCGAAGUCGAUGGAACAGAUUGAUAUAUCUGACAUCGAACCACCCCCGCUUGUCAGGGAGAACUCGGGUUUUGUUUUCUUGCUUCCACGCUCUGAAUAAACACUUCCUACAUGGACUUACACCGUCAAAAAUCAGAAUGCAGCCCUAUGAUUAUUUUGACAGCCAUGUGAACUAUGGCAGGAUCAGUUCUUCCUGCUUGAUGAGGGCCAUUCUUCUCUCACAUGGAGGGCCUUGGUUAGCAGGCCGCUUCACAAAGGAGUUCCACAAAGGGCAAGUUCAGCACUCUUCCUCCAGUUUUGGUUAACUGUGUCGGUGAAUGGGCUGAAACUCAAGGUGUUGGUUGUGCUCUAUUUAACACAAGCUAGGGCUUUUUUUUUUUUUGAAUGGUGUAUUGUUCUUCUGGAUGUAAGAUUCAAUUUUGAAUCAAGCUGAAAGAAUAGUUCCUUUUUUUUUCAGUUGAUUCCUCUCUCAUUGAGUUGGGAAUACAAAUAUUGAUGAAAUUUGUUUUCUCGUACAAUGGCAAGACCAAAUUUGACUGUUUUCAGGCUUGAAA